AUGGUUGGCGCCUGUAUCUCCUACCCACCACAACUCGAAGACGCCCAUUCGGUGUCCUCAUAUGAGGUCUAUAGACCAAUUGUGUUAUCCAACACCAUCCCUGUUAGAACUCCACCACCAAACAUCCGCUCUGUCACAUUCCCAAAAAACGUCACCCCAAACAAUACGUUCGAUCUAUUUUCUCUCCCACCAUCUGCUCUCACAAGAGUUCUCGGGUAUCUGGAUAGUGAGGACUUUUUGAACAUCUCGAUACUCUCCAGAAACGCUUUGUCGUCGGUUAUGGAAGCUCGCGGACAGGGGCAGGAGGGCUCAAUGGAUAUUGCUGAUUGA